CAACUAAACAAUAAAGACGUGAGCGUAGAGCAUGGAACUAAAGUUAAUUAGCUGCUGUUUGCUGAGCUGCUUGGCAGCAGCUUAUGCUGGCAAUAUAUUGGCAGUGUUUCCACAUGAUGGCUACAGUCAUUUCAAAGUGGUUACUCCAGUGCUGGAGGAGCUAGCACGACGUGGUCAUCAACUAACUGUGAUUUCAUUUGUGAACAAUACAGCAGCGAAUUAUGAGCAGCUGCUGCUAGCAACGGAGGCGGAGCAGGCGACAACCAUAAAUAGAGAAUAUCUAAAUGGCAUGCAAACUGGCAGAAGUCUGAAGAAUAUGUUUGUGGAAUACUUUGAUUUAUUUAAAGGCGCACAAACAAACUGCGAGCGCUUGUUUGCCAGCGGUUAUGUGCAACAAGUGCUGCAGCGCCAUCAGCGGCAGCCAUACGAACUACUGCUAACUGAGUACUUUAGCUCGGAUUGUCAGCUGGCGCUGGGUAAGCUGCUGGGCCUGCCCAUUAUUGGGCUGAGUACGUGUGCCUUGAUGCCUUAUCAUUACGAUCGCAUUGACUUACCGGAUACGCCGUCGCACAUACAAUCCCAAUAUGUGGGCUAUGCUCAACGCUUGAGCUGGUUCGAGCGGCUGGAGAACUUUAUACAAGCCAAGUCGCUGAAGCUGCUCUAUGCGCAUCAUACAAAUCGCGCUGAUAAUGCUUUAAUCAAACGUUAUCUCCACUUGGACAUGGAUGUCGCCGCUGUUGCUCGCGAGCAAACUGCAUUCAUUUGGGUGAAUCAACAUUAUUCGCAUCUAGGCAGCCGUCCGCGCACUCCGCAGCUGCUGGAGAUUGGCGGCGUGCACAUUACCGAGCAAGCUAAGCAGCAGCUGCCCACGCACAUUGCUAAAUUCUUGCAGCAAUCUCCGCAAGGUGUCAUCUUCAUUAGCUGGGGCUCACAGGUACUCGCCUCCAGCAUUGAUCAGCAUAAGUUGCAGUCCAUGUUGCAAGUCCUAAGCGCGCAGCCUUUGAAUGUUAUCUGGAAAUGGGAAGCAGAUAAAUUACCGCUGAUGAAUAAUGAGAAAUUUUUAUUUGUUAAAUGGGCACCACAAUUGGCGUUGUUAGCACAAGCUGAAGUAAAAAUAUUUUGGACGCAUGCUGGACUGCUGGGCAUGACUGAAGCUUUGCAUUGUGGCAAGCCCAUGCUAAUGACUCCCAUCUAUGGUGAUCAGUUCUUGAAUGCGCACGCAGCUCAAACACGUGGUGUUGGCUUAAUACUAAGCUAUGAAGACAUAAAAGCAGCGCAGCUAAAAACAAAGCUGGCAGCGCUAAGCAAACCCGAUUAUGCGACGCGUGCUGCGCAGCUGGCCGAGAUCUUUAAUGGACGCGAACGCACGCCGCUGGAGACGGCGAUCUGGAGCGUGGAGCAUGUGCUGCAGCAUGGGCUGCUGGCAGCGCAGUUGCUGCAAUCGCCGGGCAUCGAGCUCAAUUGGUUUGUCUACUACUCGCUGGACAGCUUGUUGUUGCUGCUAGCAGCAUUUGCGCUGCUUUGCUAUUGUUUAAACAAAUUGUUACGCCGCCGAUCGCCGCAGCAAGUCAAAGCAAAGCGUGCUUAGCUUAGUAAACUCUAUUUUAAGC